GGGGGGAGAAGGUUGAAGAUUCAAUAGAUAACCACUACGCAGUGACAGGUGAGCUCCUCCUUUGGUCUGGGACACUGAGCAGAGAAGAGCUGGACAUGGCUGGGUACAAGCCAAAGGUGAUUUCUCUAACCAAGAGGCCGGGUCAGACUUUUGGCUUCUACUUAAGGGUGGAGCAUGGGGAGGAUGGUCACCUCAUCCGCUGCCUGGAAAUGGGAGGUCCGGCUGAGAUGGCAGGCAUGAAAGAUGGGGACCGCAUCCUGAGAGUUGGGGGAACAUUUGUGGAUGGACUGGCCCAUUCAGAGGUGGUGGACAUGGUGAGAAACAGCGGACCCACAGUGACGUUCACCAUCUUGGAUGAAGCCUCUUACAAGAAAGCCAAAGCGAAGGGAGUGAACCUGUCCGACAAUCCGAGUGCACCGGUUUCCAACGGUGUCUCCAAACAUGCAGAAAAACCCAAGCUGUGCUACAUGGUUAAAUCCAGCUCGAGCUAUGGAUUUUCUCUACGCACAGUCAAAGGUGAGAAGGGUUUGUUUAUGACAGAGGUGGUCCCAGGAAGCGUGGCUCACAAGGCCGGAGUCAGAGUCAACGACCGUCUCCUGGAAAUCAACGGGGAAAAUGUAGAAAGCUUGACACACGAACAGGCAGUGGACAAGAUUAAACUGUGUGGAAACUGCAUCAUGUUCCUGCUAGUGGAUGAAGACACAGACAAGUAUUUCCAGAACAAGCGUAUGAAGAUGGGGGCAUGGUUGGCCACAACCAGGUAUCUCCCUCAAACGCCACGCAAAAUCGUCAUGACCAAGGGGUCUGAUGGUUAUGGCUUCCUGCUCAGAAAAGAACCCCACCAAAAAGGGCACUACAUCAAGGACAUAGACAGAUGCAGCCCAGCUGAAGCAGCAGGGCUGAAGGAAAUGGACAGAAUCAUAGCUGUGGACGGCAAGGAAGUGGAAAACUGCACCCAUGAUGAGGUUGUAAACCAGAUCAAGCAGAGUGGCAAUGAAUGCUGCCUGCUGGUGGUGGACAAAGAAACAGACCACAUGUACAAGCUGGGCAAAGCAUCUCCAAUGCUCUUCUUGGAGGAGUUGCAUGAUUCCAACUCACCACCCAGCUACACAGAGGCCAUCAAGUCACCUGCCCCAGUCCAACCAUCCGCACCUGUUCGGGACAGAGAAGAGGAGCUCAAGCCCAAACUGUGUAAGAUGGAGAAAACUGCUGUCGGCUACGGCUUUCACCUAAACGGCAUCCAGGGCGUGUGUGGACAGUAUAUCAAGGAGGUGGUAAGAGGUGGGGCCGCGGACAGGGCAGGUAUGGAGGAUGACGACAUUGUGGUGGAGGUAAACGGAGUAAAUGUGGAGCAGAGCAGCCAUGACGAGGUGGUGGAAAUAAUCCACAGCAGUGGAGACUCUCUGGAGAUGUUGGUGGCCAAAAAGAGCGUCUACGACCAACUCAAAGCCAGAGGAGUGACCAUCAAUCGGCUGCUGCUGGGAGAAACAUCAUACGCACAGGUUCACAAGGCAGACACCCCAGAGGCCAGCACAGAGGAGAGACACGAGGAGGAGGCCAGACCUGAAACCCCCACUGAACCAGCCAGAGAGAGGACCUCGUCUUCAGCUUCAUCUGCAUCACAAGACAGUAUUGAUGAGAGAUUCUAAGAAGCCACCAAAUAACUCCAGUUGUGAUUUCACCUUUGUCAUUCUAAAUGUUAAUCCACUGUUUGUUUGUUUGUUUGUUUGUUUUUUGUUUAUAACAAUCAGCUUAUCAUACAGCCGAUUACUAUCACAGGAGAAAAGAGACAACACGAAAGAUAGAUAGCAAUGACUUCAGCUGAAUGGUUGAAUGUAUAAAAGGGCUUUGAGUGUAGCAUCAGCCUAAAUUUUCAUCUUCUAUUAAUGCCGACGGUUGAUUUAACCUUAAGUACGAUGUGCUUGAAUGAUCAUCGUGAUCUACCCAAACCUGAGAAGACCAUCUCUCCUGUAAUAUUCUAAAACCUACAGAAGCUAAUGCCAACA